AUGAAAAUCAUUAAAUUUCCUUGGUUUUCACAUCAGGAAGAACACCGUAAGUAUGAAGUUUACACCGUAGAUGUGAGUCCGGAUGGUACGAGGGUUGCUACAGGAGGACUCGACGGAAAAGUGCGGAUAUGGUCUGUGGAAAAUAUAUCGAAAGCGAUAAGAGAAAGCAGCACGAAGCAAUCUACUGCUGAUGAGAUCAAGAGACCGCUUGCCAGCAUGAGUCGUCAUACGGGGUCAGUUACAUCGCUGAAGUUUUCACCUGACGGAAGGUACCUUGCAAGCGGUUCAGAUGAUCGUAUCCUUCUUAUUUGGGCAAAAGAGGAAGAAAACCGUAGUGAGCCUGUUUUUGGAUCUGAGUACGAGCGGGAACACUGGACGGUCCGCAGAAGGCUUGUAGCGCAUGAUAAUGACAUUCAAGAUAUAUGCUGGGCUCCCGAUUCUAGCAUUCUAGUUAGCGUUGGUUUGGAUAGAUCAAUCAUUAUUUGGAAUGGAUUAACGUUUGAGAAAAUUAAGAGAUUCGACGUACAUCAAUCAUUGGUAAAGGGAGUAAUCUUUGAUCCAGCGAACAAGUAUUUCGCGACCGCUUCAGAUGAUAGAACUUUGAAAAUAUUCAGAUAUCAUAAGAGCGGUGAUUGCGCGAUUACCAUUGAACACAUUAUAACGGAGCCUUUCAAAGCUUCACCUCUCACCACAUACUUCAGGAGGCUUUCGUGGUCUCCUGAUGGUCAGCAUAUUGCUGUGCCGAACGCAACUAACGGUCCCGUCAGCUCUGUAGUGAUUGUAAAUCGAGGCACAUGGGAAACUGAAAUCAGUCUGAUUGGACAUGAUGCUCCAACGGAGGUUGCUAGGUUUAACCCGAGACUGUUUGAAUUGCAGUGUAAUGCCACCGAGGCCGCAGCGGAGCCUAAGGAUGAGAAGGGACCGAAACGACUUCCAGAAAAGGAACUUGAGUCAGUCGUUGCUACAGCUGGCCAGGAUAAGUCUUUGGCUGUCUGGAGUACAAGCAAGGUUAGGCCAAUUUUCGUGGCCUACGAACUCACCAAUGCAUCAAUUACGGACAUGGCAUGGACGCCGGAUGGCAGCAUGUUGUUUAUCACAUCGUUGGAUAGUUCAAUCACGGUUAUCGCUUUCGAGGAUAAGGAAUUAGGGAAUCCGAUCCCUCUGGAGAGAAACAUAGAACAAUUGCAUAGAUAUGGUGUGGACAAAGAGUCGUUAGACUUUCCAGAGGACGUUAAUCAGUUGGUUUUCGAAGAGGAGAUGAGAAAGCUCAAGAAGCAAAAGCUUUCGAAAUCUGACGAAGGGCUUUUAGAGUCGCGAGUGAGUACAAAUACUGCUGGAAAAGAGCCAAAGCCCAAAGAGCUUAAGCUUUCGGUUCCACAAGCUACAAACACGGAGAAGAUCAAUAUAUUGAAACCGAAGCGCAAAAAAGAUGAGAAAUUGAAUGCCGCCGUAGUGCGGGACGGUCGGAAAAGAGUCGCGCCUACAUUAUUAUCGGUGGGUUACUCGCCCACCCGGAGCAGUUUUAGAGACACUUCUACGAAAGAUCUGCCCCUUUCAGGUUCAUCAUCUAAGACAAAAGAUACAGCAGUUGGAAGGAUUGAAGGUAAGAUGAGCAUAUCUUCCUUUCCAUUACCGCGACUUGGACUGCAUACUUUGGUAAUGGGUAUGAGGGACCGCCAUGAAAAUUUGUUUCAAUCAACAGGUAAUAAUUCGCUGGCUGAAGAAGACAACUCUAGAGACGCGAUCGAGGUAGCCAACCGAGGUUUGGAGGGGCAGUUGCUUGCCGAGGAACUUGCCGUAGAUGAUUUGAACGAUGGAGCGGAGCAGACGAUGACACUGAAUAGCAAAGUGACUUUCGAGAGAGUAUGGGGUAGUGAGCCUAACGCGCGAUAUGUUGAGCAGUCAGGAGUCGUGCCUGAUACAGACGCUGUGUUAUUCGAAACUGGCGAUCUCGACAAUUUUCAUGUUCUCGAGAUUCGCAACGGGGUCGAAAGAUCCAUUCAAUUUGACGAUGAGGCUCUUCUAGAAAACCCAACACGUAUUCUCGGCUAUUUCAAAGGCAAGAGAAUCAUUGAAGCAUUCAUUCCGGAAGUUGUUCUAUGCGCAGCAUUCUCGAAGGAGUGCAAAUGCUGGUGUAUUGCAACUGCUAACGGCUCGAUAUACUGUAUCUCCCAACGGGGCCCGUACAUUCUCCCGAAAAUGUGCUUGGGCCACAGGGUUAUCAAGCUUUCUACACAGUACAGCUGUCUCGUUGCUUUGACAGAGCGAGGUCUGUUUUACGCCUGGGACCUGGCACACCAGAAGAUGAUCUGGAAAGAAGUCCCCAUAUCCCCUAUAAUCUUUUGCGAUUUUUCCGAAAAGUCCAGGGUUAGAGUAAGCAAGCGUGUCAAGAACUUCUACCUAGGGCAAGAGCCAAGCACUCUGAUCGUGGAAAUGUCCAAUCCUGACGAGCGAUAUCGGUGGCUCAGCGAUCUGGGCUGCUGGUCACUCAUAGAGCAAACUGAUACCCCCGUUACGCAAGGUCUAGCACCUCAAGACGCUUUGUAA